UGGCUGUGUUCAUUGUGAUAAGUUUCAGACAUGGGUGAAAAGGGAACUCUGUGUUGUGGAUGUUGUGUAUUGCUGUCAAUCGUAGCUCUAGCAGUCUGUGGUCUUACAUUCGGAAUACUGUGUCUGAAGGCCGAGGAUCGACUUGAGAACAAGGUACGUGUACUAGUAUGGUGUUGGUUACCACCACAAUACAUGACCUACUUCUCAAACGGGAACGAUCGACGGGCAUGUCAAGGUGUUGUCACCGAUGCUGCUGCGAUCACCCUCAUUGUCUUCGGUGGUCUGGCCACCCUCCUCUGCUGCUGUUGUUGCUGUUACGCAUGCCUGAGCAGAGAUGAGACCUCCCAAGAGACGUCAUCCCCGGUAGAGGCCGCACCUCCUGAUUACAACGCCACCCAAUGGAGCAGCUCGUCUUAUUUGACCGCCCCAACACACACCGUCAUACGCCAAAUCCACGUUAUCAGACACGUUACUAUUGGUAGACUAAGCCUUAGGAAUAUAAACAACGAAUAGAAGGUUCAAUAAUCAAUGUACUUAUGACGUUAUUUCGAGUAUGGGUAUUUUUUUUCCUUGAACAGAGAAGAAAGAUACAACCGUGUUACAUAAUAAUCAAUUACAGCUGCAAGGAACUAAAUGUUUAUCAUUUACAUCGACCAGGAAUAGCAUAUGAAUUUGCAAUCAUCACUCACUUCAACACGGCUACGCAAAAGCGCUUCUCAUGUCUUUAUCACAUACUUUCAUUGUACUAGAAUUUAAAUAAUGAAUUUAAGAAAGCAUGCUUGUAAUACCUGAAAACGUCAGUAGAUAAGAAACUGGGUUAAUUUUCUAUCUGCCAAUUCACACCCACGUUACGUUUACUUUAUUCAAUCAUGAGAAUUAGAUAAAAACAAUGCGUGCAAAUUAAUGUUUGGAGUUUUACGUAAUUUCUUGCUAAAUAAGCUUCUGCAAUUUUAAAAAUAAUUUAUAGCUUUCAUGAGCUUUUUUUAUGUUUUUGUUUUCAUAAUUUAUUUAUGUCAAAGCUCAAAAGCUGACACCUUACAUGUAAUUUAGCUUAAGUUUCAUUUGGUCAAAUUUAAACCUGCAAUUCAGUGUUUGAAAUGAUGAGAAUAAGUAAAAACUUAACUAGAUGUGAAUGCACUUUUUAACAGCAAUUCCAUGUUUAUAUUGAUGGGUACCAGUGACAUACUGUACUAGUGAUAUUUACCCUAAAGUGAAAGCACUUUAUUUAUACCCGGUCUGUGAUGUUUUACCAUAUCUGUCGUUACGUUACAAUAAAGGAAUGUUGUAUUGUAGAAAAGGAGUAAUUUCUUGUGUGAGGAAACCAACUGGAAUUAGAAAUAAGCUCAGAAGGAUGUUUGAUCUUAUUAAUUUUCAC